CUCGGGUGGUGAUCCACCUUGGGCUCUGCACCAGCGCAUCCAUGGAUGGUUAAGGAAAGCGAGCUUUUUGAGCAAGAUGAUUCGGCCCGUUCCACUCAUUUCCUGCUUGAAUGCAUGUUUGCUUUUCCCCCGGUCCCCUUCGCAGCAUUGCUUUUCUUGCCCCGGGCAAACGUUACAGGCUAUCAAUUCUCCUUGCCCUCGCAUGUAACGUAACGAUGACUUUUCUGCUCAUGGGACCACGACCAGCCAACACGAGUUCGGUUCGAGCCUACAUAGGCCAUCGGGCUGAUGAGAGGCGCUCCUCAGGUUCACCAGGUACACGAAAAAUCAAGCCCCGUUCGUAGUUCGCCCCCACUGUUUUCG